UGGUCUGAGGACGGGUUGCGGGACGGCUCGAGGCGUCUUCUUGCACAACAGUCAGUUUGACAGGUGGUGGGGGAAGGUCGGUGGUGUGUCUGACACGGAUAGAACAUGGAAGGCUAUUUAAGGAGGAUGAAGGAGGUGACGAGCAAGCCCCAGCGACUCGUCAAUGUGUCGUCUGGCCACGAGGUGUACGACACCCUCCACACCCGCGCCCAGGUGGAGGGUCAGUGCUCGCGCCACCAUUGCAAUGGGUCGGUGAUGCUCCCGAGGAGGAGCGGCACUGAGCCACGCUCCAAGGAAGAGGUACUCAAACUCGCCAAGGACUUCAUCGACGAGUACUACCAGUCCAUAAAGAGGAACCAGAGUGAGCAGCACAGGCAGCGGUGGGAGCAGGUGAGCAGGGAGGUGGAGGAGCGAGGUACCUACGACCUUACACAGACGGAGCUCGUCUACGGCGCCAAGCUGGGCUGGAGGAACGCUCCCAGGUGCAUAGGACGCAUCCAGUGGUCCAAACUGCAGGUGUUCGACGCCCGCUACGUCACCACUGCCAGCGGCAUGUUUGAGGCACUCUGCAACCACAUCAAGUAUGGCACCAACAAAGGCAACCUUAGGUCGGCCAUUACCAUCUUCCCUCAGAGGACCGACGGGAAACACGACUUCCGGGUGUGGAACCCUCAGCUGAUCAGCUACGCCGGGUACAAGCAAGAGGACGGCUCCGUCAUCGGCGACCCCCUCAACAUCGAACUCACAGAGGUGUGUCAGCGGCUGGGGUGGAAGGGCCAGGGCAAGAGGUGGGAGGUUCUACCCCUGGUUCUCUCUGCCGGCGGCCACGACCCCGAGUGGUUCGACAUCCCGCCAGACUUGGUGCUGACGGUGCCCAUCGUCCACCCAGAAGCUUUAGCAGUAAUCAGGAAAAGUCGAAAAUUACAGCUGUGCGGAGGUUGGUGCGUCUGUAAUCUUUCCUUACUAAGACUGCUCUUAGCAAAAUCUGCCUCACGCUUCAUAGGGUCGGUGCGGGUGGGUCGCCAGAUGGGCCUGGACACACGCAGCCCCACCAACCUGUGGAAGGACAAGGCCCUGGUGGAGGUCAACAUCGCCGUCCUCCACUCAUUCCAGAGGAUGAACGUGACCAUCAUGGAUCACCACUCGGCAGCGGAAUCCUUCAUGAAACACUUCGAAAACGAGCAGAAGUUGAGGGGCGGCUGCCCUUCAGACUGGGUGUGGAUCGUGCCGCCCCUGUCUGGCUCCAUCACCCCGGUGUUCCACCAGGAGAUGUGCCUCUACUACCUCAAACCCUCCUACGAGUACCAGAACCCGGCUUGGAAGGUCCAUGUCUGGAAGAAGAGCAAAGAUGUCAACAGAAACUCCGUUCGAAAAACGAAACGCAAGUUCCGUUUCAAAGAGAUAGCAAGAGCCGUCAAGUUCACCAGCAAAUUAUUCGGGAAAGCGUUAUCCAAGAGGAUCAAGGCCACUAUCCUCUAUGCGACGGAGACCGGCAAGUCUGAGAUGUACGCCAAGAAACUCGGGGAGAUCUUUGGUCACACCUUCAAUGCUCAGGUUUACUGCAUGGCAGACUACGAUUUAAUCAACAUUGAACACGAGGCGUUGGUUCUUGUGGUGACGUCCACAUUCGGCAAUGGCGAUCCCCCAGAGAAUGGCGAGGGGUUCUCCACGAAACUGUUCUUCAAGUACAAGUACAAGAAUAAAAAGGACUUCGCAAAGAACCUGUACGCCAUGAAGGUGAGCGGCACGGCGGCAGACAUCGAUGAUGUUACCAGCAGUGCAUCAUAUUGGCAGGACUACUCUGCACGCAAAAGCAUGCAUCGAAGUCUGUCGUUCAUGAGGAUGAACAGCCUGACGGAGGGAGCCGGAGCCACCACCACCACCACAACCACCACCACCCAGGAGAACGGUGUCGCUAACUCCAAUGUUCGUGGCUCUAUUACCUCUGAAAUCAUGUCUGAAGACAACUUUGGACCACUCAGCAACGUCAGAUUUGCAGUGUUUGCUCUUGGAUCCAGCGCCUACCCAAAUUUUUGUGCAUUUGGCAAAUAUGUAGACAACCUGCUGUCAGAGCUCGGAGGAGAGAGGUUGAUAGGACUCACCUGUGGAGACGAACUGGCCGGCCAGGAGCAAGCCUUCAACAAGUGGGCCGCUGAUGUAUUUAAUGUAAGUAUCCAAUCAUAAAAUAUUGAAAAUAUAAAACAUGAAAGUUGUAGCAGUUAUCUUAACCAAACGCAGCUGAAUAUAAUUAAUAUUGUUUGAUCAACAAUGGAUCUAUAUGACUUUGUUUACAUUGAAGGUCUUUCACGAUCUCAUGGCAAGAGAGUUCGAUCCUGUCAGGUGUUGGUCUCAAGAAACCUCCAUGGACAGAAUGCCAGCCGAUGGACGCAGCAAGUGAUCCUCAACACGGAGGGCAUCAAUGAGUUAGACUACAGUCCUGGGGACCACGUGGCCAUUCUCCCGGCCAACCGGCGAGAGCUGGUCGACGCUGUACUGGCCCGCCUUGACAACUGUCCUGACCCAGACCAACCUAUCCAGGUCUUGCUGCUCAAGGAGAUACACUCCAUUAAUGGCGUGACCCAGAACUGGGACCCCCACGAGCGUCUUCCAGUAGCCAGUGUGCGGGAGAUGCUCACCCGGUACUUGGAUAUCACUACACCACCAACACCAAAUUUCCUCAAGCUGCUGGCCGAGUAUGCUUACGACAAUGACCAGCGCACUCGUCUCGAUCACCUCGCGAAGGAUCCUCAGGAAUACGAGGACUGGAAGCACUUGAGAUAUCCACACCUUAAAGAGGUUCUCGAGGAAUUCCCCAGUGUGAUUCUGGAUGCAGGACUCCUGCUGACCCAGCUUCCUUCAAUUGGAGCCAGGUUCUACUCCAUCAGCUCCUCUCCAGAUGCUCAUCCAGAACAGAUUCAUGUUACGGUCGCUGUUGUCCAGUAUAAGACGGAGAAUGGAAGAGGUCCACUUCAUUAUGGCGUUUGUUCCAAUUUCUUAAAGGAGGUGAAUCCGGGUGACCACAUUGAACUUUUUGUUAGAAGUGCCACAAGUUUCCACAUGCCACAAGACCCGAGUGUUCCAGUCAUCCUGGUGGGGCCGGGCACUGGAGUGGCACCCUUCAGAGGCUUCUGGCACCACCGCCAUCACUUAGUGCGGCAAAAUAACGAAAAAGCCGGUCAGAUGACUUUGUUCUUCGGUUGUCGAACACGUGCUCUUGACCUGUAUGCUGAAGAGAAGGCUGCCAUGCGCCAAGCUGGAGUCCUCACUCACACCUACCUCGCACUCUCCCGGGAGCCCACCAUCCCAAAGACGUAUGUUCAAGACUUGUUGGUGGAAGUGGGUGCGGAAGUGUUUAAGCAAGUUGUGUUAGAGAAGGGGCACUUUUACGUGUGUGGGGACUGUACCAUGGCGGAAUGUGUGUACCAGAAGCUAAAGACCAUUGUCCAAGAGCACGGGAGAUUCACGGACCAGGAGGUAGAAAAUUUCAUGCUUCAGAUGAGGGAUGAGAAUCGGUAUCAUGAAGACAUUUUCGGCAUCACUCUUCGGACUGAGGAAAUCCACCGACAGAAGAGGGAGAGUGCGCGCGUUAAGAUGUCGUCCUUUGCUCAAGCUGGAGGGCCACUGACGCCCACCCUCUCCCAGGCUGCAGCGACUCCGCCGUUCAUGUCCCAGAGUGGGCCCGCCCUGCCCUCCGCUGCGCAAGGGGUACCUGCCUCGGCCCCCAACGAAUAGGGACACACUCGAGGGCAGAUUGGCUUUUCCAACACCUGUUUUGUCACCUCCUUAAAGCGGUUUUCAAGGUUUUUUGUUAACUCACUACCCAGUAGUAUUAAACCUACAUAAAUGCCUAAUUUACAGAUGGAAGUUUUAGUAACCAUAAUAGCAAAGCUUCCGUAAAGUUGAAUGUUCAAUCGUUGUUUGAACUAAAAGAUCAAAUUCCUGUAUAUGUAGUAGAUUCAUCGAAGUAGAAUUUUGAUUCUUAGCGCUGUAAGUGAAAAGCUGAUGAUGGCAACAAAAACUCCAUACCCAGUUGUUAAUAUUACUCUAGAAGGCAAGGUCGCUCUGUGAUAGACGACUACAUUGGAGGGAAGGUCGGUUUUGUCAGGAAGGUUAGUAAGAAUUUGAGUUAAGGUCGAAAUGGUUUUGUUAAAAAAUAAAUCCUACCUUACAAGCCUUUUCACUUUCUGGGAAACGGUAACCAGUUCUUCAGACAGAGGACUUCCAGUAGAUGUAGCAUACAAGGACUUUCCUAAAGCGUUUGAUAUAAAAUACUGGCAAGAAAAUUACAAGCACAUGGAAUAAAUCGUAGAAUCCUAGAAAGGACUAAACAAUGGUUAAUAUAAAGAAAAUAAAGGGGCGUCUUAAACGGAAAUGAAUCAAACUGGAGAAAUGAGUGGAGUACCACAUGGAUUCAUUUUGGGGCCAACCCCUUUUUUGUCAAAUAAAUCGGUGACAUUACAAACCACGUCAUAAAAUUUGAAAAUGAUUUAUGGCAAAGUAGGAAGUGAAAAUGAUACCGAGGGCUUACAAACAGAAAAUGGUCGGAUGACUGGCAAAUGCUUUAUAAUAUCGAAAAAUGCGGGACCUUGCAUGUGGGGCAUAACAAUGCAGAACAUUACCACCAAAUCAAUAACAUUAGCUUGUAGCAAAUUGAUGAAAAGGUCCUUAGUCAGAAUCCAAUAAUUGCUGAAAGCUUCACAAAAAGUGGGAGCUGCAGUAAAAAAAAAACUAGGAAUAAUAAUAGCUAAAUUUUUACUUCAAGGAAAAGAAGAUAGUUGUACAACUACAUAAAUCUCUGGUGAGCCUACACCUGGAUUAUAGUUUCCAAGCAUGGAGACCUCAUCUUCAGAAAGACAUGAAUGGUUUGAGGAAAUUCAACAUCCAGGUGACUAAAAUCAUUCCUGAACUAAGUCGACUUUCAUACCAGGAACGGAUCAGGGUCGCAGGGGUAACAAUACUGCCCACGAGAUAUGACUGGGCUGACCUCAUUGAAACUUAAAAUGAUGAACAAUUUGGAGAAUUUUAAUCCAGACCAGUUUUUCAAAGCGUUAAAUGUAACACAAACAAGGAGCAACAGUUUUAAGUUAACACGCCACAAGCAGGACGGAAAACAGGAGAUGGAUUUUCACCCAUAAUUGAUGAUUUUUCAUCCAAACCCAUGAAACCACAUACCUGCCGAAGCCGUAAAUGUCAAAACGCUGCUGAAUUUCCAAAUCCAGGUCGACAAAAUAAAGAUAAAUGGGAGGACCUUCGACAAGCCGCCGGCUUUCCGUCCUCGUCGAGGCCACUAGGGAGUGCCCCUCAGAUAAACACUAAUACAGUAUAUGAAAAUUCAACUUUUGAUUUUUUUUUAAUUCAAUUACAAUUCUUGUAGUCUUAUCACCCAGUGGCUGCUGGGUGGAUGGAAGACACGUGUGUUCAGGGUCCAACUUAACACUGACGGGUAAAACAGUAACUAAAUUGGACACGUGUUCAUAAAAGGAACAAUUACUUAAGCUCUUGGCGUUGUCUGAGAGCACUUAAUUUUGUUGCAUUAGUUUCUAAGAGGCCUUGCAAGGUAAGCCUUGCGGUGGUUCCAGGGGUUGAUGGUCCUCGCAGCCCAGUCCCUGACCAGGCUUCCUAACAAUUAUGCCAGACCUAGAUUAUGGUAUUGUGAAAUUAUAUAACUUUAAAGUAUUUAGAAGACUGGAGCAAAGACAAUUAUGCAAUAGUGAAGAGGCGAGUAAAAAAAAGUAGCAAAUUGUGACAAUGAAUAUAUGUCACUCGUGUAUGUUCACUCGUGUAUAUUCAGUCACGGUAUCGCACAUUACAUGUAUGUGGUUGAAGGGACUCAUUAACUAGAAUAGGCAACGCUUCACGUCUGCAGUAGAUUCCGUGAAUAUUGACUAAAGAGAAGUGUCCGUUUUAGCAAGAUGAAAGAGAAGGAAGUAGUGAAAAAUCGUCAAAAUCAUGAAAUACUGGCUGAACAAACUGGAGGAGUGUGGAGUCUUUGUUGCUCACGUAGCCAUUAUUGACUAAUAAUUUGAUCAGGCAGUUUAUACAUUUCAAAAUGUAUAAUUUAAGCCUAUUCAUAGGUGAUUUUCGAGUCCCUUUUAUGUCAGAUGCAAAUUCCUAUCAAUGGCGCUAAAGUUAAAUGUCGCGCAGCUUCAGUGAAGGAAAUGGAAGUUUUGCUAUUCAGUUUUUUAAGACAUCAACACUGACACAAUUACUUGUUAUUCAUUUUAAAUAAACUUUUGUAUUAAGAGAUUUAUCAAGACAGCUAGGUUCUAAAUUUGAGGAUCAUAACCUUGUGAAACCUGUUUACUCUCUGCCACUUUAAGCUUUACAGGAAGUCUGUGGAAAGGUUGGUCUGCACUCGACUGUUGCCCCCAGUCACUUUAACAGACGUACUGACUGUAGUAGUAUAGUCGGUGCUACAUUGUUGCUAGGUUAAGGUGUGAAGAUGCAACUGCAUAAUCUUUACAAUAUCGUUCCAGGGGGUCAUAAUUAUUAUCUACAGUUUAAAUUAAUGUAUUAGUUGUGCCUUAAAAAGAUUUAGUUGUUACAACUCAGGACGGGAUCCAAUGAAUAUUUCAUCUAAUUUUAUAAUCAAUUUUCUUACGCUUCUUUUGAAAUGACUAAACAGUUUAGUGUAUUUAAUGCUUCAUUUAAAUUGAAUCAAAUUGUUUGGAGAGCAUUAAUUUACUAUUUAGUACUAUAUAUAUGUAUACAAUUAAAAAAUAAUGUAACUCGUUCAUAAACAAAUUUUGGAUAUACAAAUUCAGCAUCGUGGAAA